UUUCACCGAGCGGGUUGAGUGGACCAAUCAGAGGGAGGGUUUUACACCCCAUUUUCCCGCGAGAAACUUGAACCUUCUGAACUUCAACUCGCAUCACUUCCAGCACUUCUCCCUGCUACCACCCCCUCCCCCUCCCCCUCUUCCCGCUUUUGCGAUCCAAUCCCUUCCCAUCCAUCACUUUGUUGAUUGGAGGGUUUGAAUUCGACAUGCUGGCCCGUACCUUUUCGCGCGUGCCCUCCCGGGCCAUCGCACGCCAAACGCUCGGCAAGUCCACGCGUGCUUCCUCCACCGCCGCCGGUGCCGAGGCCGCCAGCUCCCCCUUCCACCUCACCCUCACUGCCUCGCUCGCAACCGCCGCGGCUGCCGGUUCCGCCGCGUGGUACUACCACCUCUAUGGCCAGGAGGCCUUCGCCAUGACACCCGCUGAGGAGGGUCUGCACGCUACUCAGUACCCUUGGGUGCACCAGCGCUUCAACAAGACUUUCGACCACGCUGCUCUCCGCCGUGGUUUCCAGGUCUACCGUGAGGUCUGCGCUUCUUGCCACUCCUUGACCCGUGUCCCCUGGCGCUCAAUGGUUGGUGUUAUGCACACCGUCGAUGAGAUGAAGGCUAUGGCCGAGGAGAACGAGUACGACACCGAGCCCAACAACGAGGGCGAGAUCGAGAAGCGCCCCGGAAAGCUUUCCGACUACAUCCCUCCCCCCUACAAGAACGACGAGGCUGCCCGUGCCUCCAACGGCGGUGCUCUGCCCCCGGAUCUCAGCUUGAUCAUUAAGGGCCGUCACGGUGGCUGCAACUACGUCUUCAACCUGCUGACCGGUUACCCCGAUGAGGCUCCCGCCGGUGCCAGCGUUGCCGAGGGCAUGAACUUCAACCCCUACUUCCCCGGUACCGGUAUUGCCAUGGGUCGUGUUCUCUUCGACGGUGUUGUUGAGUACGAGGAUGGCACUCCCGCCACCACCUCCCAGAUGGCCAAGGACGUCACUGAGUUCCUGAACUGGUCCGCCGAGCCCGAGAUGGAUGACCGCAAGAAGAUGGGUGUCAAGGCCAUUGCCAUCCUCACCGGUCUGUUCGCCAUCUCUGUCUGGGUCAAGCGCUACAAGUGGGCCCCGAUCAAGUCUCGCAAGGUCGUGUACAGCCCCCCGAUCGCCCCCCGCCGUUAAACGCCAGUCAGCAAGAACUAUAUGAGUUGGAAAAUGGGAGAGGUUAACGAGGCUACGUGACCCAUCGGGCAUUAUAUGCAUUGUUGCCCCCCGUGUGUUAUGUCGCCUGGGAGAAAUCUCUUUCGUCAUUUGUUUUUUUUUUGUGUCUAGGGUCGCGGCCCUUGUUUUGUUAGAACACUCCCGGCACAUGUAUCUGUAUCCUAGAUAUAUUCUUUUUUUGCCCUUCCGAAAAUUGUGCUGGAGGAGUCAACCGAAUUUAAUUUCCUUUGUGAAUGCAGCUGUUUCUGUGGAAUCACCGUGCACAUAUGACGCUAGAAAAUUGGAGAUCAAAAAAGGCUGAUAUCUUGAGAUGGAGGAUGUUCUUAGAUUCAUUGCUCA